CAGACGAGUUCCGGGUUUUGGUCUCUGCUCAGAUGCAUGGAGAGAAAAUUACGAUCCAGUUCAACAGAACAGCUGCGAAUUUGGACGGAAGGUCUGCCGCAUAGGAUUUCCAUCAACAAAGAAAGAAGUUGUUACAUCGGAUUGGAAUUAUAGUGCUCAAGUUUUCUUGCCACAUUUCUUGUGAAGAUAAGCAGAUUGAUCGGUACAUAUUGGACUUGGUUGCAAAGAAUGUCAAGGUGUGCUAUGGAGAACCGCGGAAGGGUGUCUAAAGUCCACGUGGAUGAGAGUGAACCAACAGGAGGUGAUGAAUUUCCGUUUGAGGUGAAAGAAGUUCAAAUUAGAAAAGACAAAUGGGUCACAGAUGAAUAUCAUAUCGACAUGCUGUUAGGAAAGGGCAAGUUUGGCGAGGUGAAAAAAUGUCGCGAGAAGCGUUCAGGUCGGAUGCUGGCGGCGAAGUUUAUCGACAUCACCUGCGCAUCAGACAGGAAGGACAUCGCCAACGAGGUGGACAUUAUGAAGUCCCUGCAACAUCCCCGACUACUUCAGCUGUAUGCUGCGUUUGAGAACAAGACCUCCUUCUGUCUCGUCCUUGAACUCAUCAACGGCGGUGAAUUGUUUGAGCGCGUCAUCAACGACGACUUCAUCCUGACUGAGAAAGCUUGUGUCAUGUUCCUCCGACAGAUCUGCGAGGGAGUCGGUUUUAUGCAUUCAAAGAACAUACUCCAUCUUGACAUGAAGCCUGAGAACAUCCUUUGUCUGACUCGAGAGGGAAACAGAAUCAAAAUCAUUGACUUUGGUCUGGCCCGGAAGUUCUGCCCCAAAGAGGAUCUUCGUGUGUUGUUUGGAACCCCUGAGUUCGUCGCGCCGGAAGUUGUAAAUUUCGACCCUAUCAACUAUGCAACAGAUAUGUGGAGCAUCGGUGUCAUAUGUUAUGUCUUGUUAUCGGGAUUAUCUCCCUUUAUGGGUGACACCGAGGCCGAGACGCUUGUCAACGUGACCACCGCUCAAUGGGACUUCAAUGCCGAAGAGUUCGACAGUAUAUCCAAAGAGGCUAAAGACUUCAUAUCGAAACUCCUUAUAAAAGAUCGAAGAAAACGAAUGUCGGCAGCAGAAUGUCUUGAGCACCAGUGGCUAAGAAGGUCGGUAAAGCGUGAAAGUCAUAUUCCCGAGAGAUCUCUUUCGAAGAAACGUUUGCGCAAGUUCGUGUACAGGCGGAAGUGGCAGAAGGCAAUAAACGCCAUGUUGGCUCUCAGGAGGAUGGGCGUAACACUGACGUAGUCACGUGUUUCACGAGAUAGACCUAUGAAAACCUGCCACGCAUACGCUCAAUGAUGAGAUCUGAUUGGAUGAGAGAUCCUUCCGGUUUUCUCUCUGAUGGUGAUAAACAGUUAAACCCCCACCGGUCUCGGGUGUUUCCAACACGAUAUCAUCGCAGGGAGUGUAGCGUCAGUAUUUGACUCUUGGCCUUUAGAGCAUCGGUGCUGUUAAAACGCAGAGCACAUUGCCAGUUGCAGGAACUCUAUCAACAGACACCUUCAUCGCGUGUCUCUUGCGUGCCAACGAACAUGGAUAAUAUCACAUCAAUGCCUCGUUACUAUGGCAACUUGUAGCAUGCAAUACCGCCUGAGUAUAUUGUGGACCAAUUCGGUCAUCUGUGAAAGCAGUUUCCGAUAGCAGUUGUGAUUAUUAUAAACUUGUGUGCGGUAUUCUUAAAACAGUUUGAACCGUAGAUCCCUUCACGCACACACGGUGACGUCACAGAUCACGUGAAUACGUAUCGACAGAUAGGCUUUGAGGAGAAUGUGUAAAAAGGUUGGCGUGCAACAUUUUCGCGCCAGAAGGACCAGAGAUAAUUGUCAUUGUACAUUUCAUUGAGCGCCUGUUAAUUUGGAGCUCAUUGCAAUAUCUCCCCUAUGUGUGUUGAUCCAAUAAGUGUUUGGUGUCUACUCGUACCAUCGAUUUCGCAAUUGGUGAGUUGACACCACAUGAUUUGACGUUUCGAUUGGUUGUACAUAUUUCCAUACCCUCUCCCUAGAACCCAUUUCACUGCAUCGUAUGUAUUUAGCUUUUUCAGAUGUUGUAAUUUAUUGAAUCUAUUUCAUCAGUCAUGUAGUCAUAGCGCUACUGUGGUGACGUAUCUUGAAAUCGACAUGACGCACCUGUUAUCUGGAGAUGUCUAUUUCAUAUCCAAAAAACAAAACUAUCAUUCCAUUAGGCCAAUAGUACAUAUUUUAUACACAUAUACCUUAUAAGAUUUAUGGGAGGGAAUUAUACAAUGAUCAUAACAUUUUCAUGAGAAAUAUAAGCGAUUGUCAUAAGAAAUAUAAGCGAGUUGUGGGUUUUGGUGACAAAUUUUAAAUGGAAAAAAUUAUGCGGUCAUUUUCGGUCACUGGUGUGUAGUCUAUACGGGUUCAUAUUUCAGCCAUGUUUCCAGAUGCGCAUGCGCAGUAGCGUUGCCUUCCGUCCACGCGGCUACAGUGCGACUUUCCUCUUCUUGUAAAAAACUAUGGUGCUAGCUUGUAGACUUAUUACAGACGAGUCCAUUGUGAUUGUGGAGGUAGGGUGUAUAUUUACAAUAGAGGGGGCUGUGAGGAUGGCUUCUUUCAUCAAGAAUUAGCACCCUUCUUUCAUACAAUAGAAUUUCCGGAAUCUCAAAUGGUCGCGUUUGAAAAGUAAUGCCUUAGUUUCCAGGCUUUCUCUUUUUGAGUCAUGACUGGAAAUGCUUACGUCUUUUUGUACAAAUUUUGAAAUAUCAAUAAAUGUUCAAAAACA